CGAGCGUGAGUGCAGCGGCAGCGGGCGGGAUGGCGAGCACGGCCUCGGAGAUCAUCGCCUUCAUGGUCUCCAUCUCAGGCUGGGUGCUAGUGUCCUCCACGCUGCCCACCGAUUACUGGAAGGUGUCCACCAUCGACGGCACGGUCAUUACCACUGCUACCUAUUGGGCCAACCUGUGGAAGACGUGUGUGACCGACUCCACCGGCGUCUCCAACUGCAAGGAUUUCCCCUCCAUGCUGGCUUUGGACGGUUACAUCCAGGCAUGCAGAGGACUUAUGAUCGCUGCUGUCAGCCUGGGCUUCUUCGGCUCCAUCUUUGCACUCUUUGGCAUGAAGUGUACCAAAGUCGGGGGCUCAGAUAAAGCCAAAGCGAAAAUUGCCUGUUUGGCUGGGAUCGUGUUCAUCCUGUCAGGACUGUGCUCCAUGACUGGCUGUUCCCUGUACGCCAACAAAAUCACUACAGAGUUCUUCGAUCCUCUCUUUGUUGAGCAAAAGUAUGAAUUGGGAGCCGCUCUGUUUAUUGGAUGGGCAGGAGCCUCGCUCUGCAUAAUUGGUGGUGUCAUAUUUUGCUUCUCAAUAUCUGACAACAACAAAACACCCAGAAUGGCAUACGCGUACAAUGGGGCCACGUCUGCCAUGUCUUCUCGGACGAAGUAUCAUGGUGGAGAAGAUUUCAAAACCACACACCCUUCAAAACAGUUUGAUAAAAACGCCUAUGUCUAAAGAGCCCUGCUGGCAAGCUGUCUCUUGAGUUUGUCCUAAGGGCGAGUGAACUGUUCACAAAGAGAUCCCUGCCAAGACCCUCCUAUCAUCAACACUCAGAAAGUUUUUUGUUUUAAUAAGAAUUGGAAGACUUUGUUGAUUGUAUGGAUGUAAAUGUUUUUACAUAGUUAUAUUCUAAUUGCUUUCUGUUGCAGCUUUCUAUGCAAAAUAAGCAGGUUAUUUGCAAGGUUGGUAAUAUUUUGUACUUGUAUGGGAUAUGUGGAACUUCAAAAGGUUCAAGAAGUCUUUUCUAUUAUAUCCAUGUUACAAUGCACGUGUUUGUCUCAAUCAUCCCUUAUGUUUCUUUCUCAUUCACAUUCAGGACAGAAAGCAAAUACAUAUAUAUGGUAAACAUUAUGGAGACAGUGUGAUAUUGUUUCUCGAAAGGUGUGCAGCUGAAAGAGGUUUCACAGGCCUUGUUAAGCUGACUUCUGCCCAUCUAUCCAGUCAGUAUUUUGAUUAUUGAAGCAGUGGCUAAUGGAACCAUGACGUUUAUUGCCUUUUGUGUGACAGUCCCAUGCUCUGUAGCUGCUUAGGCUUCUCCAACACAGAAUCAGCAAGGACCCAGUUAAGGAAUAUGAACUCAAAGUCCAGAGCCAGUAAAGGAAGUACCAGAGCUUACUUCAGUGCCGGCCUUAUUCAGAACUGCUGGGUUGUUUGCUGCGUAGCAUGCAGCUCCUACCCUUGCAAUUGAGAUUUGCCAUUUUUCAAGGCCUGUAAGUUGCUCUAGGAAUUUUAAACAAAGAUGCACAGUUAUUUCACCCCCAUGCCCUAUUUCACUCACCUAGUACAGCCAACCUGGUGCACACUAUUGUUGUUCUGUAUUCAACGAGGGGGAAAUCAGAGCUUAAACAAUUUGCAAUAGUGCUAGUAACACAAUUCAACUUCCAAAUAGGAUAAAACACACAGCUUCAAGGAGUACAGAGGAACUGUUGUCUAUGUUGUCUGUGGCUAAGAAGCUGUCCAGGGGCCAGCUCUGUGAUGCAGCAUGUGAGGCUACUUACUGCCUGUGGCGCUGGAUCCCUGUGCGCACUGGUUCAGGUUGCAAGCAUUCUACUUCCCAUCCAGCUCCCUGCUGAUGUGCCUGUGAGAGCCACAGAAGAUAGCUCGAGUGCCUGGGCCCCUACUCACACAUGGGAGAUCCAGAAGAAGUCUCUUGCUCCUACUUUUGGACUGACCUAGCUCUGACCAUUGUAGUUAUUUGAGGAGUAACUGGUGGAUGAAGACUUUCUCUCUGUAACCCCGCUUUUCAAAUAAAAUUGAAAUAAAUCUUUUUUAAAAA